AUGGAAAAGCAACCAAUGCUGAGCCAGCAGUUAAUAACUCCCAAUCUAGUUAACACCGUCCAACAAUUAAGCACUAGUUUAGCAGCCGUGCAACCAAUUAAUUUAGCUAAUUCGGAAACUACCCAAUUAAUCACUUACACACUAAUUGCAACAGCCGUAGUGG